UGCAUCAAGUGUUUAUAAAGAUUUUACUUCCUGCUCUGGUUUCACAGUGUCUCCGAUACUGUGUGAAAUCCCUUCAGGUGCUGUAACAAUGGAUCCUGCAGCUUUAGAGGAUGAAUUAACCUGUGCUGUGUGUCUGCAGGUGUACCAGGAUCCUGUAAUUCUGCCCUGUCAGCACAGUUUCUGUUUGAAAUGUAUUGAAAGAGUUUGGGCCCACACAGCAGGCCCAGGAAGGUUUGAGUGUCCUCAAUGUCGCCGUAAAUUCAAUCCCAGACCCAGUCUGGAGAGAAACUUGACUCUAUGUAAUAUAGUGGAAAAAUAUAACCACUCACAGCCUCCUGCUGGUCAUGUCGUGUGUGAUUACUGUUAUAGUAAUCCAAACCCAGCUGUGAAGACUUGUCUGAAAUGUGAAAUAUCUCUUUGCUCCCUUCAUUUAAAGCCACAUUUACGGAACAAGGCUUUCAGUGGACAUACUCUCACUGAACCUGUGUCUGACCUUACAGGCAGGCAGUGUCCUGACCAUAAGGAUCCCCUAAUCUUCUAUUGUAAAGAUGAUGAAGAGUGUGUAUGUGUUUCCUGUGCAAAAAUAGGGAAACAUAAAUCCCACACAUUGCUGAGCCUGGAUGAGGCACAAGUUGCAAUUAAGGAAGAAUUGCAGAUAGAAAUCGAGAAGCUUUGGGAAGUCCAGCAGAAUUGUUCCAGCAAACAGCGAGGCUUGGAGAAAUCAGAAGCUGAAAUAAAGACACGAAUCAAUGAGCUGAAAGGAAAGUUAUCGAAGAGCUUCUCUGAAUGGAGGAGAAAGCUGGAAGAAGAUGAAGAAUCCACAUUGAAACUGAUCGAUGAGGAGGGGCUCCAAGCCCUCAAACAGAUUAGAAGCUGUUCUGAAGCAUUAAACAAGAGGAUGGAACAGAUUACAUUUAUAGAUGGAGAAAGCCAGACUCUGGUACAGAGGGAACCUCUCUCCUUUAUUCAGAGUGACUGAGACUCAGAGAGUCACAGACCCAGAUGUUCCAGCACUCACCCUGAACCUGUCCAAUGUAUCUCAACAUAUCCAGAAGAGUCUGAAUGGAUGGGAAGUGUACCGCUCAGACAUAUUGGGAAUCAUCAGUAAGAACAUGCAGCUUUUCUCCAAUAUAAAGGACUGAGAGCAGGUCGAGUUAGUUGUGUUCAGACAGCUGAGAAUAUCCCUGAACUUUUAUAUCAGCUCCCUGUGUGCUUGUGGAUCAGGAGCCUGAGAUUAAUCCUCUGUCUCCAGUGACACCUGUUUUAAACAUUCCCCACAGUGAUGGGCCUGAGCUUCAACCAGCAUGGGUCAGUACCAGCAUCCAUCAAAUACAGUGGCCCAUCAAAUGUAACCCCAACCCCAGACAGUUCCUCUGGGGCAGCCACUGUCGCAGGGAAUGCUCUCCAGCCAUCGACUGGGAUCAGCAGGAAAGUUGGAAUAUCUCAAGGGAGAAGGUCAUUGAGCCUGGAUCCAAAGACAGCAAACUGCAACUUGGUUUUUUCUGAUGAUCUCAGAUCUGUAACAUGGAGUGAACAGAAACAGCCCUACCCACCUCAACCAAAGAUGUUUAAAGACCGUCCCCAAGUUCUCUGCUCCCAGAGCUUCUCCUCAGGAUUCCAUUCCUGGGAUGUGGAGACAAAUGGGGAUUACUGGGUAAUCGGGAUGAUGUGUGGGAGUGCGGAGAGGGAGGGUGAAAAUUCUGGAAUUGGGAACAGCAGUAAAUCUUGGUGCAUACAUUGUGGUUUUGGUUCUCUCUGGAUCUGGCAUAAUUCCCAUGUCACUCGCCUGCGACCGUUCCCCUCUAACAAUAGGAUCCGAGUUCAAUUAAACUACGAGGCUGGGACUUUGUCAUUUCACCAGAUCACUGGCUCACUGAUGAAUUUAUAUACAUUUAAAACUAAAUUCACUGAACCUGUGUUUCCAGCAGUUUAUUGUUGGUACGCAUCCCUAAAACUAUUAAAUUAAUCCUGAUAUUGGAGAGUCGGUGACAUUACUUACCGUUUCGGGACUUUAGAUAACGUCACUUCUUGUUUCGAUGUGUGGGCCUCUCUAUGGUGUCACUUCUGGAUCGGCUUUGGGGUCUCUGGUGUCACUUCCGGGUCAGCUUGGGGUCGCUGAUGUUGUCACUUCUUGGUCAGUUGUCUCUGCAUUAACCAUGCUUAAAUUCUUCACAUUAACUUUAGAUUUUGAGUUUCUGUUAGCAAUUAAUAAAGUAGUAUUCAAUUAGUAAAAGGGAUUCUAGUCAGCGAGUGUUUUCACUGAGAGGUCAUAAAACUAUCUCUGUUAUCCCCAGCUUUGAAAAGACACCUGCCAGAUCUGGAAAAUUAGGGAGUGGAUCAAGUUAUGGGGAGCUUUUCUUGUUAAAACUGCAGUUAUUGCAGCUAAUUGGAUAAGUUAAUACUUUGAAACAUGUGGAUCCUCACUUAGUGAGAUUGAAGAAAAGAAUAAAAUGAGGCUGUUAGGGUAGAUACUUCAGAAUUUGACAAAGCUUGGCCAACUGAUCCCCUUGACCUCAAAACCUGUGAUCCAGUGAAUUCUCUGGUCCUGUAGCAUAUGUUUAAUUAUUAGUAAUGCUUAUUAUUGUACAUAUGUAAUUAUUCAUAAUAAACAUUUAUUGUACUUCUAAUUAUUCAUUAUAUUUGUUAAUAGUUAUUGUAUGUGUGAUUAUUAGUAAUAUUUUUAAUUUUACAUUUAAUUUCUAUGAAAGGCAAUAAAUGUCUUUAAACCC